AUGUUUAGCAAUGCUGAGAAAGGAAAAGCGUUAGAAAGUGGAGAAGGUUUGAAUUCCGACCAAGAUUUGAUUAUAGUUGAUGACGAGGAAGAAAACGAUUUUGAUUUUUCCCCGAAUGAACGCGAGCAAAAGGAAGCGGAAGAAAGAGAAAGAAUAAAAAAUGAGGAAGCGAGAAGCAUAGCAACAUUGUUAAAAGAAAUUGAAGGUCUAAAAGAAAAAAUAACUCUUUUAGAAGCCGAAAAUAAUCGCAUACAAUCACUUGUGGUAAAUCAAUACGACCAAAAUGACACUCUUCGUGAAGAUAUCAAAAAAAACGAGCGAGAAAUUAAGGCCAAAGAGGCGAGAAUUAAAGAAUUAGAGGAAAGCGUUUCUUCCUGGACUUGCUCUUACGAUAAGAAACAAAAAGAUUUAGACGAUGCCGUUAAAGAAAAAAAUUCACUAGCGAAGGAAGUUAAUUCUUUCCGCGGCCAGAUUAAAUCCGCAGAAAAAGAGAACAAAAAUUUAAGGUCAGAAAAGUCAGAGAGAGACAACACAGUUAGGGAAUUAGAAGCCCAAAUUGCCCAAGACUGA